UACCAUUUACAGACGAAGAGGUAAAAGCUUUUGCAAAUAUGGACCUGUGCGAGCACUUUGGUGGAGCCUGUGGGGAAAACUGCCCAUUUCGCUACAUAACGCACAAGUGGGGGAUCCCUCUGUGUCCUGAAAGUUCAGUUCUGAAGUUGCAGUGUUGCACCGGACCACCACAACAAGGCCCUAAUG